AUGCGUGAGAUUGUUCAUCUUCAGACCGGUCAGUGCGGUAACCAAAUUGGUGCUGCUUUCUGGCAGACCAUCUCUGGCGAGCAUGGCCUUGACAGCAAUGGUGUCUACAACGGCACCUCGGAGCUUCAGCUCGAGCGCAUGAGCGUCUACUUCAACGAGGCUUCCGGCAACAAGUACGUCCCUCGUGCCGUCCUCGUCGAUUUGGAGCCUGGUACCAUGGAUGCCGUCCGCGCUGGUCCUUUCGGUCAGCUUUUCCGACCCGACAACUUCGUUUUCGGCCAGUCUGGUGCUGGAAACAACUGGGCGAAGGGUCAUUACACCGAGGGAGCUGAGCUCGUCGACCAGGUCCUCGAUGUCGUCCGCCGUGAGGCCGAGGGCUGCGACUGCCUCCAGGGCUUCCAGAUCACCCACUCCCUCGGUGGUGGUACUGGUGCUGGUAUGGGUACGCUGCUCAUUUCCAAGAUCCGCGAGGAGUUUCCCGACCGAAUGAUGGCCACCUUCUCCGUUGUUCCUUCCCCUAAGGUCUCCGACACUGUCGUUGAGCCCUAUAACGCCACUCUCUCCAUCCACCAGCUGGUCGAGAACUCCGAUGAGACCUUCUGUAUCGACAACGAAGCCCUCUACGACAUUUGCAUGCGAACCUUGAAGCUGUCUAACCCCUCCUACGGUGACCUCAACUACCUCGUCUCCGCUGUUAUGUCCGGUGUCACCACCUGUCUCCGUUUCCCUGGUCAGCUGAACUCUGACCUCCGAAAGCUUGCCGUCAACAUGGUUCCUUUCCCCCGUCUGCACUUCUUUAUGGUCGGCUUUGCCCCCCUGACCAGCCGUGGUGCUCACUCCUUCCGCGCUGUCAGCGUUCCUGAGUUGACUCAGCAGAUGUUCGACCCCAAGAACAUGAUGGCUGCUUCCGACUUCCGCAACGGUCGUUACCUGACCUGCUCUGCUAUCUUCCGUGGUCGCGUUGCCAUGAAGGAGGUCGAGGACCAGAUGCGAAACGUCCAAAACAAGAACUCCUCUUACUUCGUCGAGUGGAUUCCCAACAACAUCCAGACCGCUCUGUGUGCCAUUCCCCCUCGUGGUCUUACCAUGUCUUCUACUUUUAUCGGAAACUCCACCUCUAUUCAGGAGCUCUUCAAGCGUAUCGGCGAGCAGUUCACCGCUAUGUUCCGACGCAAGGCUUUCUUGCAUUGGUACACUGGUGAGGGUAUGGACGAGAUGGAGUUCACUGAGGCUGAGUCUAACAUGAACGAUCUUGUCUCUGAAUACCAGCAGUACCAGGAUGCUGGUAUUGAUGAGGAGGAGGAAGAGUACGAGGAGGAACUUCCUGAGGGCGAGGAGUAA